UGCGCUGCAGAUCCCGGCCGGCGCAGCCGCUUCCACCAUGCCCCGUCCGGGCCGCAACACGUACAGCGACCAGAAGCCGCCCUACUCGUACAUCUCGCUGACCGCCAUGGCCAUCCAGAGCUCGGCCGAGAAGAUGCUGCCGCUGAGCGAGAUCUACAAGUUCAUCAUGGAGCGCUUCCCCUACUACCGGGAGAACACGCAGCGCUGGCAGAACUCGCUGCGCCACAACCUCUCCUUCAACGACUGCUUCAUCAAGAUCCCGCGCAGGCCCGACCAGCCUGGCAAGGGCAGCUUCUGGGCGCUGCACCCCAGCUGCGGGGACAUGUUCGAGAACGGCAGCUUCUUGCGGCGUCGCAAGCGGUUCAAGGUGCUCAAGGCCGACCCGCUGGCGCCCUCCAAGCCGCCCCCCGAGGCCGCCCACUACUUGCAGGCCCAGGCCAAGCUCCGCCUGGGCGCCCUGGCGGCCGCCGCCGCCGCCUCUUCCGCACCGCUCGGCCACUACGGGCUGCCCGUCCCGCCGCCCUCCGGCUUCAAGCACCCCUUCGCCAUCGAGAACAUCAUCGCCCGCGAGUACAAGAUGCCCGGGCCGGGCGGGGGCGGCGGCGGGGGCGGGGGGGCGCUGCCUUUCUCCGCCAUGCCGCCCGGACCGGCCGCCUAUCCGCUGCCCAACCAGCUGCCCCCCGCCUGGCCCCACGUCUACGGCCCGGCAGGCAUGCUGGACCCGGCCGCUCCCAUCGCGGUGGCCGGCGGGGACUACGCGGCCGCUGCGGCCGCGGCCGCCGCAGCCGCCGCCUACGGAAUGCCGCUGAAGCCGCUGUGCCACGGCGGGCAGACGCUGCCGGCCAUCCCGGUGCCCAUCAAGGCCACGCCGGCCGCCACCGUUCCGGCUCUGCCCGCCCUGCUGCCCAACUCGCCGCCCUCGCUCAGCCCGCCCUCCACGCAGACGGCGCCCAGCCAAGGCAGCCCCGCCACCCCCAGCGAGACGCUCACCGGGCCGCCCUCCGUCCUGCACGCCGUGGUGGCGGUCCACUGA